GAGUGCUUCAUCGACAGGUGGCGCUAAGCCGCAAAAAAAUUAAAAAACUAACAUAAAAAUAACCUCACAAUUUUACAAAAGCCCGCCAAUAACAUUUUUGCAUUAAUUAUGAAAAAAACUAAAGUUCUUAACGCCUCUAAACACAAUUGGAAAAUUUCGGAUUUUUUUACAAAAUGUCCCAACCCUUCAUGGACUGAGAGCUGUGAAAACAAAAGAAAAAAUUCCGAUUUUCCCAUAAAGACUGAGCCCCAAUCACCCGAAAAGUGUAACGCGGAGUCACCAAAUAGCAAACGAAGAAAAUUCGAUGAAAAUAGCGAUCCUUUAGAUUCUCACAAUAUAACAAUUAAGACUGAACCCUUAUCUCAAGUUUGUGACAGUGGUGGUACUAGUUUUAACGUCGUAACACCUGAAAAAAAAUUCAAACCUUCCAGUUCCAUGAAGACACCCACCCCUAAAAAAAUCGAGAUUUUGGCCAGUUCUAAUCAAAGGAGGACGCCCCAAAGUGGGCGGAAAACAACCCCGAAGAAAUUGUUUGAAAAAUCGCCGAGGAAAUUGGAGGAAUUUAACGUCCAAAUUUUGGAAAAUUUCGUCAAAGUGUCUCCGAGCACUUCCAACAGAAAAAUCGUAAUUAAAAGCACGCCGACCAAAAACCAUGCGCAGAGUCACAUCGAUGAAUUUUUAUCUCCAACUAUUUCAAAGUCUCCUGCCCAAAGUCGCAAUGAAACCACUCCGUCUAAAGCCCGAACUCGGUUACUUUUCACGGAUGAUAAAAAACCGAGUCCAAUGGAUGAUUUGGAUCAAUUUUUUAACGAUUCGUUUGAGGAUUUAGUUACUAAUUGCAAUACAUUGGAUUUGGGGGAACCACAGCAUUGUCAGAUCGUCCAAGUGUCACACAAUGGGGGCAAAAUCGUCUUGAAUUUAAAAUCGACCAAGGGCGGGGAGACUGGUUUCUGUUACAUUGAACAAUUUUGGGCUUCCGGAAACCGAUUCAAAAUCGGCGAUUCUGUCUACAUCAAAGCUGAAAAAAACUCAAACGGUGAUUGGGUCGUUAACAACGACACGGGAUGGCUAGUUUACCAACCAGAUAUAUUAAUUUCGUGCACUUCAGUCGUUGGAAGUCUAUUUUGCAAACGCAAAGCUGUCUUAUCCGACCGUUUCCGUGGCUUCGAACCAACAAAUCGCGUCAUGCUAAUCGGCACUUUAGCACACACCCUCCUCCAACAAUCUUUGAGAAAAAAAUUAACAAAAAGGAAGCAAAUUGAGGCGAUUUUGAAAAAUUUGCUCGCAUCCAAAGACACGAUAAAAAGAUUGUACGAAGCCAACCUAACCGUUGCCGACCUUGAAUCAGACUUGGAGGUGUUUGUGCCCAAAUUGGUCGCUUUUAUCAGCGAACACAUAACAACGGGGCAAAUCUGCGACAUUGAGGAUAUUGAGGAAAACUUGUGGUGUCCCCAGUUGGGGCUCAAGGGAAAAAUCGAUGUUACAGUGCGGUCAAAUACCGGCGUUAUGCCCCUCGAGGUCAAGACAGGUCGAGCGACUGUCUCACUUGAGCACAGAGGACAAGUCGUUUUGUACUUAAUGAUGAUGAAUAAGUUCGGGCUUGAUGUCUCCUCUGGUCUGUUGCUCUACUUGAAAGAAGGGGUUUUGAAGGAGAUUAAGGCCACAGAGCAAGAAAAACGUGAUGUUUUGAUUUUACGGAACGAAUUGGCGUAUUUUUUGGCCAGUGACGUAGGGGAAUUACCGGAGCCGUUGAAUAAUAUUCGGGUUUGUCAGAAGUGUGCUUUGAGUACCGUUUGCAGCGCCUAUUUGAAGUUUGAAGAUCACGAUUUAACAGAAAAUAAAGCGAUGCAAGAAGUACAAAAGAAAUCAAUUGGUCAUUUGAGUCAAGCACACUUAGAUUAUUUUCUUAAAUGGAGUAAUUUGUUGAGCAUGGAAGCACAACAUAGUAAAACAACAAAGUCGCUACAACAAAUUUACACUUUACCACCGGCUAAAAGAGAAGCUUUAGGUCGAUCGAUUGUCAACAUGAGAGUGACUUUUGUCGAAAAUGAAACCAACGGUUUAUUUAAACAUACAAUGGAAAAGGAAAAUCCCAGUUUGGCCAACCUUACGGCUUACGAUAUCAUUGAAAAUAAUUACAUAGUCGUCAGCACUGAUUCCCGGCCUGCUGUUGCGUCAGGAUUCGUAACAGAAGUCUCCCCAACUCAAAUCAGUAUUACACUUGAUAGAGAUCUCAAUGUAAAAUAUCGCAAUCAAUUGUUUCAUCUCGACACCUACGAUUCAAAUAUCACUUUCACUUUUAAUAUGACAAGUUUAGUGUUGCUUAUUGAGAAUUCGGAAAGGGCUGCUCAGUUAAGGAGUGUUAUAAUUGAUAAAGCUCCGCCCACUUUUGCACCAAAACUGCCGUCAGUUGUUGCGAAAAAGGGGGCCCCGAUUUUACGACGUCUAAAUCAUGUGCAACAGAAGGCUGUGCUUAAAGCAUUGUGCGCAAAUCAGUUUUUGCUGAUCAAGGGGAUGCCAGGCACUGGUAAAAGCGCCACCAUUGUUGCCCUAAUCCAACUGCUAAUCGAACUGAAUAAAAGUGUCCUCAUAACUAGUCAUACUCAUUCAGCCAUUGACAACAUUUGUAUCCGUUUGCAGAAACUAAACGUUGACUUCAUAAGACUCGGAUCUGAGAGUAAAAUCGAUUCGAAAUUGAAACCAAAUUUGGAAACGACUCUCACUGAAAAAUGUACAACACCCGAGGAAAUGAACGAAAUUUACAACAAAUACAAAGUGAUUGCGGUUACGUGUCUCGGCUCCGGCCACCCUCUCCUCACCAAACGCACUGUAGACGUAUGUAUAGUCGAUGAAAGCACUCAAGUCCUCCAAACGUCAGUGAUUAAGCCGUUAUUUGCUGCCAAAUCUUUUAUUCUGAUUGGUGAUCCCCACCAACUUGCACCUCUAGUACGCCAACGUGAUGCCUUAGAGGCAGGAAUGUCGGAAAGUCUUUUCGAAAGACUGGAAAAUUCUGAAGGGACAAUUACCCUAAACCUCAACUAUCGCAUGAAUAAAACAAUCACCGAGUUGGCCAAUGCUCUCACGUAUCAAGGCCAACUACAGACGGCCAGUGAGGAAGUGGCAAACCGUGUCUUGAAACUGCCCAAAAUUGAGAUCGUUAAAAAAGAGUAUAAAGAGCACCAGUGGCUGCUCAACUGCCUCGACGUGUCGUUAGAGGGCGCUGUACAAUUUAUAGACACCGGCCCUGUAUCCGAAUUAACCAAUCACGCUGAUUGGAUUACCAAAACUGUGAAAGACGGUUGUGAUCUGCAGAACUGUAUCAACGUUUACGAGAUUGCAAUUGUCGUGACACUAGUCAAGGCACUGAUACUGGGUGGUGUUGCAAGCAGCGACAUCGGCGUCAUUGCGACAUACAGGGCCCAGGUGUCGCAAAUCACCGAUUUGCUCGAAAAAUAUCAAGUCGAUGUUAGCACAGUGGACCAGUUUCAAGGGCGCGAUAAAAGUGUGAUUAUUUAUUCUUGUACCAAAAGUUCGGCCCAAAUUGCAACAAAUACGCUUAAAUACGAAUUGUUGGAGGAUAAGAGGAGACUGACUGUUGCUGUGACACGAGCCAAACGUAAAUUACUAAUAGUUGGGGAUUCCAGCACUUUGGUGAGGUACAAGACGUUUGAGACGAUUUUAACUCACCUGGAAAAACAUAUCGUUAAGUUUGAUUCAGAGUGGUCCAUUUUGAAUAGUCUCUAAGUAUUGUUUUUGAGGAUUAUUUAUUUUUUUAAGCCAGAAGGAAGGAAUCGUGGUUAAGUGAGAAUUUCUAUUUUUUAACUUUAUAAAUAAAGAAAUCCUAAUAUACAUAUUUAUUGAUACAUAA